UCCGCUCCAGUAGGGUGCAGCGUAACAGUCACGUGAUCCGCACACAGCGCAGCAGAAGAACUAUCAGAAGUGAAGGCGCAAAAUCUUCUGUGCUAGCAUAUGUGGCUAGCGGUUAAAAUUAUACAGACAUUAUGGAGUGGAGUCAGACCUGGUUGAGUCCAGUGGUUCGGGAAACUGACGUGACACGGGCUGCCCGCAGAAAGAGUUCACACAAAAAAGUGGCUUUUCCUUUAGCACAGGAUGGCAGUCCUGGGACGAGCACAACUCCAGCUAGACCACAUCUGCGACAGACACCUGGCUCACUGCUCAAACAAUCAUUCACCCCCAGAAGUUCCUUGAGGAACCCAGAUGUGUCGGCAAUCCUAGGGACAGGAAGCAGAACUCCUCGCUUCAUGAACACACCUCGUACCAAAGGCAAUCUCAGCAUGAAUUUGGAUGACAGUGAUUGGACAAACAGUCUUUACCCUUCACCUCUGUCUGGGAUGGAAACCAGCUUUACUGAUGAUGUGUCCAUGAGUGCUCUUAUGCUGAAGGAAGAUGAUCCAGGAGAGGAUGCCUGUCUAAGUCUGUUCCCAGAUUUCCAGCAGUCAUAUUUGCGUCAUGCAUCCACUGCGGUGUUUGAUCUGCUGGAAGAUUAUGAGGCUCUCUGUCAGGAUAAGGUGGGUACGUUGCAGCAAUUGGUUCUCCGGUCAGCCCCCGGCCAACAGAAAUCAUCCAAAACAGUUAGCAUCACCUGGCUGCUGCAGCAAGAGAUGGUGACAUGGAGACUCAUAACAUCCCUUUACAGAGACAGAGUCCAAACAGUGCUAGAAGAAGAUCUCAUGAUGGACAUAACAGUCCCCAAUGAAAGUGAAAAGGUAGUAAUGGAGCAGUUCUUCCAGAAGGACAGCAUGGUGCGACAGAGCCAGCUGGUGGUGGACUGGUUGGAGAGUAUAGCUAAAGAUGAGAUAGGAGAUUUCUCGGAUAACAUAGAGUAUUAUGCCAAAUCUGUGUACUGGGAGAACACUCUUCACACACUAAAGUUAAGGAGGAAUCAGUCCAGCAGUGGCUUCAGCAGGCCUUUAGUGACAGAACUGGAUCCUGACGCUCCCAUCAGGCAGAAGAGACCCCUAGCAGACCUAGACAGAGAGGACGACACGCGCCUGCUGAAAAACCUCUUCAACCUUAUACGAGCUGGCAUGACCGAUGAGGCUCAGAGGCUGUGUAAGCGAUGUGGCCAGGCCUGGCGUGCCGCUACUCUAGAAGGCUGGAAACUGUACCAUGACCCUAACAUCAACGGAGGAGGUGGAGAGCUGCAGCCAGUGGAGGGCAAUCCUCAUAGGAGUGUGUGGAAGGUGUGCUGCUGGAGAAUGGCAGAAGAGGAGCAGUUCAACAAAUUCGAACGAGCUAUCUAUGCAGCACUUAGUGGAAACCUCAAACAGUUGUUACCCAUCUGCGAGACGUGGGAGGACACCAUAUGGGCGUAUUUUCGCGUGAUGGUAGACACUCUGGUGGAGCAGGAGAUCUGUUCCUCUGGUUUGGGCAGUGAAGAGUUAGAAGAGCUACCAAGAGAAUUCCUGGAGACCAAUUGGACGUUGGAGAAAGUUUUUGAGGAGCUUCAGGCAACAGAAUCCAAAAGGGUCCUAGAGGCCACCAAGGAGCAUUAUCAUGUGAUUCAGAAGUUUGUUAUUCUCGGUGAUCUUGAUGGUCUUUUGGAAGAGUUCAGUGAUUGGUUGGGAAGAAGUCCAACUUUGCCAGCUCAUCUGUUGCGUUUUAUGUCACACUUGGUGUUGUUUUAUCGCAGUUUGGGAAUGCAGCUCAAGGAGGAGGUGUGUGUAGAUGUUUUGAAGGCCUACAUCUCUCUGCUAGUAAAGGAAAAACAGGUGGAUCUCAUUGCUUUCUAUGUCAGUCACUUGCCGGCUGACAUGGCCGUGUCACAGUACGCUCAGUUUUUGGAGGAAGUCAUUGAAACCGAGCAACGCAAACACUGUCUGAAGUUGGCAACACAAGCAGGUUUGGAUGUGGCAGCCAUCACGAAGACUGUGGUAGAGACCAUUAGAGAAAGAGACACGGAUACGUUUGCCCACCAUGACCUUACUCCUGCAUUGGACUCUGCUACUACAGUGGAGGAUCAGCAGAAGAUUGAUGUGAUUGAUUGGCUAAUAUUUGACCCUGCCCAGCGAGCUGAAGCCCUUAAGCAAAGCAAUGCCAUCAUGAGAAAGUUCUUAGCAUCUAAGAAGCAUGAUGCUGCAAAGAUGGUCUUCGCCAAAGUGCCGGAAGAUUCCAUGCGUGAGAUCUACCGCCAGUGGGAGGAGCAGGGCAUGGACACACCCCUUCCCGAGGAACAAAAUGCUAUCCGCGAGCACCUCUGUAUUCGUGCCUAUCUGGAAGCUCAUGAAGCUUUUAAUGAGUGGUUCAGGCAUAUGAAUUGUCCUCCAGUUAAACCCACUGCACCUGCGCAAGCAAAGUUUACAGAGAAAGUGGCCCAUGAGAUGAAAGAGGCAGAUUACAAGAUGGAGUAUGAGAAUUGGCAGGGACGUCUUGGAGCUCUGACGGAGGAUGUGAAGGAAAGGAUUUAUAACGUACUUCUGUUUGUGGAUGGGGGAUGGAUGGUGGAUGUCAGAGAGGACGCAGAGGAAGAUUCGGAGCGCACUCAUCAGAUGGCGCUGCUGCGCCGUUUGUGUCUGCCUAUGAUGUUGUUUCUUUUGUUAACUGUACUGCAGCGUACUGAACGCCACCAGGAGUGUCUGCGUCUCGCUGACAUCAUAGCAUCUGACCAACACAAACUAUACGAGGUCUUUUCUAAGGAUGAGCUGCAGAAGUUUCUCCAGAAGAUGAGGGAAUCAUCUCUCCUUCUGCUGGAUAAAGGACUAGACCCACUCGGAUAUGAGAUUCAGACCUAGUUCUUUUUUUCUCAUGCAUUUUGUCCAUAAUGCAAUUUGAGGAAAAACUGUGUUUUGUAUUUGAAUAAAGGUUGCGUGUUGUUUAGAA